CCGUUAUCUGUAAAUAGUUAGGUUUUCGCACGUAGUUUACUGCGUCAUGUCCUUUCCAAGUUCACGCGCAUAAUGUUAUCUCGCGGGAACAACGAACUUCCUUUUUAUCCGGGAGACGAAAAUGGCGGAUAUACAGACUGAAAGAUCUUAUCAAAAGCAGCCUACCAUCUUCCAGAACAAGAAGCGAGUGCUUCAGGCAGAAGGAGGGAAAGAGAAGCUACCUCGUUACUACAAAAACAUUGGUCUGGGUUUCAAGACUCCCAGAGAGGCCAUUGAUGGCACUUACAUUGACAAGAAGUGUCCCUUCACUGGCAACGUGUCCAUCCGUGGUCGUAUCCUCUCGGGUGUUGUGACAAAGAUGAAAAUGCAGAGGACAAUUGUUAUUAGGAGGGAUUAUCUGCAUUAUAUUCGCAAGUAUAACCGUUUUGAAAAACGUCACAAGAAUAUGUCUGUGCACCUUUCUCCUUGUUUCAGGGACGUCCAGAUUGGCGACAUUGUUACAGUAGGAGAAUGUCGUCCUCUAAGCAAGACUGUCCGCUUCAAUGUACUGAAGGUCACCAAAGCUGCUGGCACUAAGAAGCAGUUCCAGAAGUUUUGAUCAGUUUUCAUAAAACUGAAUAAAAAAAUUCUAAAAGUG